AUGGUGGCAUCUAGUGACAAGCUUUCUUUUUCAAUCGAUCGUUGGAAUGACGCUCUUAAAAGUGUUUGUUCGACAUUUAAUUUCAAAGAGCUAUACCCUGAACAAAAGGAGGCUUUGGAAAACUACUUUAAGGACCACCAUGUGUAUGUAAACCUACCAACAGCCUUUGGAAAGUCCCUGGUGUACCAAGCCGUGCCAAUUAUGUUUGACUCCCUAAAUCGGCGACCGAAAGGUACAAGUAUGAUCAUUAUCAUUUUGCCUUUAAAGUCGUUAAUGGAGGAGCAAGUAGCCUACCUAAACAGUUUGGGUAUAGCGGCUGUUUGUAUCACUGAUGAAGCCAACAAUCAUGUAAUGCAAGAUGUGAUACAAGGCAAAUAUUCACACAUUUAUGCUUCACCAGAGUGUAUUCUGGCAACAACCAAGUGGAGAUGUAUAUUUGCUUCCAAACUAUUUUUGGAAAAUCUAUCCGGAGUGGCAAUUGACGAAGCCCAUUGUAUCAGCCAGUG